CUGUGAAAAAUUUGAGAUUCGUCGAUCUUGGUUCACAAGGGUAGGGAUCGGGGACGACGAUGGGCGGCGGCGGAGAGCACGGAGGCACGACGUACAAGGGCUACACCAUCCCCCAACCAAAGCGAUGGCACACCAUCACCGGAAAAGGCCUUUGCGCCAUCAUGUGGUUUUGGGUUCUGUACAGAGCUAAGCAAGAUGGCCCUGUUGUCUUGGGUUGGCGGCACCCAUGGGAGGGCCAUGAGGACCAUGGGCAUGGGCAUGGGCAUGGACACGGGCAUGAACAUGAGGCCUCUCAUUAGAAGAUGAAGAAUGCUGAGGGAAACUCUCUUCCCCCCUCCUGCAUGAUUGCACCAUCCAUGAAUAAAUAAUAUGUGAACUAUUUAGUUUCGAUUUGUCUCAACUUCUAUACUUCAUAACCAUGCAUGAGAGUUUACUGGUGUUUUUUCACUUGUCCCAAGUUCAUUGUAUCUAUUUUGUGGACAACCAACCUUGCUUUAUGUUGAGAACCUCAAGUUGAAGGACAUUUGGUCAUUUUUUCGAUG